ACGUUUAGUUAUACGUAUUGCCGUAUCGUGUUAGCAUGUGUUCAGUGUACAAUGUAAGAGGCCAUUUAAAUUUUACAAUACUAACUUUAUAUAAAAAAAUCCAAAAAAUUCAUGCAGCAGUGAAGUGAUUCAGUGUAAAAAUUAUGAAACUUUCAAGAAAAUCCGAGGACAAACUCGUGAAAUUUAAGCACAAGCUGAUAAAGAAAUACUACAAGAGUUCGUAAACACUUGCACUUAACCUUCAUAGAUUUUAUUUGAUUUCGUAACUAAGUCGUUUAGCACAGUAACAAUAAUCAAAUUAUUUUGAUGUUAAAUAUAUGCAAGGUGUUGCAAAAUCGUGGUCGCGUCAACUCCCACGCUUGCGAAUUCAAGGUCUGAUGUUGCUUACUUUGUGGCUUCGAUUAUUAUUAUAGCAGAUAAAUUAUGAUUUUUAGACUUGUAUAAUAAUAUGUAUAUACUUAAUACUGGCCUCAAAACUUAUCCGUGUCACCUAAAGAAGAAAUGUCUCUUUGUAAGAUUAAUUUAAUUAAUAGGUGUCUCUUUUUUCUCUAAUGCUUCGUUUCACGGAAUCACAAAUGAAGUUUAACCAAUAUGAGCACCGGUCAGCAGGAGGCAGCUGGGAGGAGCCGGUGAGCGCGGUGCGGAACACACCGCUCAGGCGCUCGCAACGGCUCAACUCCACGUUGGACUCAAGGAGUACCGGUCAGCUCCGGAACACGCUGAGUCGGGCGCGCGAGCUGUGCGAGCGAUGGCGCAGCGGAGGGAACGCGCCCGCGCCGCCAGCGCCGCCGCCCGAGGACGAGGGCGGAGGGCGGCUCGCGCGCUGGUUCAGCGUGCGCCGCGGCUCCACGCACCAGUACGACAUGACUGACAGGCACGAUACUGACAAGAUGCCCAAACUGCCUGAGUUGGAGGAGGAUAUGUUUUCAUGCGGCGGCGAGGUGCGCGGGGGUAGGGUCCCGGCGCCCUCGCUGGGCAUCCCACCAGACUCCCUAACGCCGGUCCAGCUAAGGCGAAGACAUGUAGUAGCUGCCAUCAUUCACAGUGAAAACUCCUAUGUCGCUACGCUGCAGAGGCUUAUUAACGAUUACAAGAAGCCCCUAGAAGAAAGCAGUCCGGCAAUAUUGAACGCAAGCAAGAUCCAAACACUAUUCCACCGCUUACCCGACAUCCUGCAAUGCCACCUGCAUUUCCGCACCGCGCUCGCAGACUGCGCACGCACGUGGGACCGCGACGAAAAAAUUGGCGAGGUCUUCCUUAGCGCAUUCUCGAAGGCAGUGGUGCUGGACGUGUACUCCGACUUCAUCAACAACUUCUCGGUCGCCAUGGAGCUGGCCAAGAUGGAGUCGAAGCGGAAAUCGGCGCUGGCGGACUUCUUCAAAGUGAAGCAAAUCAGUGCUCACGACAGGCUUUCCUUCUUUGGUCUCAUGGUCAAACCGGUGCAGCGGUUUCCACAAUUCAUUAUGUUUUUACAGGAUCUCUUAAAACACACGCCGCCUGGUCACUCGGAUCGCGUCGCUCUACAGCGAGCAUUGACCAGAUUGGAAGCCUUAGCUGACGCCCUCAAUGAGAGAAAACGUGAUGCUGAACGAACGCAAGCCUUCCGAGCAGCACUUAGGCGGCUUACCCGCGGCGGAGUGGCGGGUGCGGGCGGCGGCGGCGGUGCCGCUAGGUUCGGCGCCGCGAGGCUUCUGGCCUCCAGGGCUGACAAACGGCAUCUGUUGCGACAGGACGACCUAUUGCAACUGGAGUUCAACCAAUCUGGAACGCUGACGAAGUGCAAACCACGUCGGUUGCUGCUCCUCAAUGAUCUCGUAGUGUGUGUAUCGGUGGGUGCGGGCGGCGAUGACACUGAGCGGCUGGGGCUGAAGUGGGCGCACCCCGUACAAGAUGUCGAGGUCCUGGACACUGGGACUUCGCCUACCCUUAGUCGGGUACUUGCUCAAGGCAUGAACAGAAGUGGAAGCCUCCGUUCAAGUAUAAGCAGCCACGGCAGCACGUCCACUGGCGACUCCCUCUGCAACGAAAUGUCCGCUCUCAUGCACGACUACGAGGCCGUGUCGAGGAUGGCGGACCUCGCUGCCUCCUUGAAAGCGCCCUGUCCAGAACUAUCGCCAGAUUUGUUCCGAUCGCUAUUGCAGAACAUCCAGCAGAGUAUACAGAAAAAAGAUGACGAAAUGGCAUGGGUGGACUCAUGCUGUUUACAACUAACGAUCCGCGGGCGAGAAGACGCGGUGACGUUUAGAGCGACGGAACCCGGCGCGCGCCGAGCUUGGGCCACGGAAUUGAGGCUAGCGCAACUGGCACAGGCGAGAGCGAAUUGUCCUGCGUGGAGGUUGCCUGCCUCACUGCCAUCGCCUCACGCAUUGCCACACAAGAUGCCGUUGUUUGUGGCAGCCACACCUGUGUACUCAUCGAAUAAUUUAACAGAGGUCCGGUGCGGCUGCUUCUACACGUCAUCGGGCAGUCCGCGCGGCGCGACCAUGCGGCGCGCGCGCUCGCUGCUGUGGGUGUGCGCGGGUGGCAACGGCAGCAGCCACGUUGCCGUGCUGACGCAUCGCGCCGCUAAGCUCAAGACCCUCGUCACGCUCGACCUGCCCGACACUAAGGUAACGUCAAUGGAGUACGCGAAAGGACUGCGACAAGUGAACACGCUGUGCGGCGACACAGUGUGGCUCGGCACCGAGGACAAAACCAUCAUCAUCUUCUCCGGCGUCGAGCCCGAGAAGCAGGAGAAGCUCACCGAGGUAACCACCGUGGCGGCCGUCACGCAGAUCAAGUUCCACUGCGACUCCAUGUUCGUGGGCCUCGCCAACGGCCGAGUGGCGGUAUACCGCCGCAACCACGACGACUCGUGGGCCCUCGACGAACCGCUCGCGAUAGAGCUCGGCGACAAGCCCGUGCAUUGCAUCCUCCCCGUCGACGGCAUCAUAUACGCCUCGUGCGCCAAAAGAGUCUUCGCCAUCAACGCUUUGACAGCCGAAAUCAUGCGAAUCCUCGAAUUGAAAGGCGAAGGCGAUCGUUCCGUUAAGUAUCUCGCGCAUUCUGGAGUGGGAUUAUGGGCUGCGUUCUCCGACUCUACAUACGUCAGCUUGUACCACGCGGAGACGUUCGAACACUUGCAGAAUAUCGACAUCGCUGCUGACGUAGCCAAAACUAUUGGUGCUAGAGAGGGAAGCAAACCAGCUUAUGUGUCAGCGUUGUUAGCUGGACAGGGACUCCUAUGGGUCGGAACAACUGCGGGAGUUAGUGUUACCGUGCCGCUCCCGAAGUUAGAAGGACUGCCGCUCAUUGGAGGUCACAUAGCUGUGUCAUAUCACGCCCAUGCGGGCCCCGUUACAUUCCUCCUAUCCUUGACUGCAGAAACACAAGCGGACGUCAAUGUAGUUAGACGCAAUCUAUCCAACGCAAGAGCUCUAGCCGAAACAGUUCAGGAGCUCAAAGAAGAAGAAGCGAAAGAAGAUAACGAUAAGCAUAAGCUGGAAAGGCGGAUAUCAGAAGAAAUGAGCCCGUACCGACCGCAGCGCGUCCAGUCCGCAGUUAUACGUAGAAAGAAACCCGGCGAUGUAAGACUGAGUAAGACGUUACCGAAGUGUGCCAAUUUGAACGCGUGUGAUGUUUAUGGACUGUUCGGAGAUCUUAUGUUCGUUAAAGACUGUGUUGGUGAGGCGGAUGUGAGUGGUUCGGGUGGGGAAACUCUAAGGCGGAGCGAUCCCGAGUUAGCUGCGAUCCCUUAUCGAGUCAGUACGUUAGAUAGGCGGCUGAGGAUGAGGGCGGGUAGACCGCGAAGUUUAGAUUUAUCUAGUUGGUCCGUCGACUCGCGAGCGUCUAGUCUUUGCACGUCUUCCGGUAGCGAGGAGUCUAUGGCUUUGCGCGGUGUGUCUCGAACUAGUUCAGGCGCAUCAGGCGCAGCGAACUUAGCUCCCAUGGCUGCUUCCACACCCGAUUCCUCUUCAGGAAAAAGCAGUGCCUCCGAACGAUCAAUAUCCCGGAGCGAUUCCGCAACAGCCGCUCCAGAAUUGCGUACCAAAAGCAAAAGCGCGGCUCGAAGUCUUCGCGGUGCUGAUUACAUCGUAGGUGAUAGUAUGGCUCGGCGGUCUGUGGUGACGGUGGUCGGGGGUCGCGGCUACGUGGACUGGCGGCAGACCGCAGACGCGGCCGAAAGACCUACGCCAGCAGCCGACCCUAACCCCAAAGACGCACAUCUCAUCCUAUGGGAAAUGCGCAUGUAAACUAGUAUUACGCAUGUGAACAUCCACAUGAGAAUUUAACAUUGAAGCGUUUUAGGCUACGUCAUACAGACUUGAAAACUUUAAAGUUUCAGAUAAAAAAUGGUGUAGUAACAGGGUCAUACAUUUGAUAUGAAGACUUGCACACUUGUCAUUGGUCAAUCUGUACUGAAGUGUAUUGCAACAACCCAUACUGUAGUAGUAUAUCUGCACCUUAUGACAUUCAUUUGUAAUUAUUCGAUAUUGAUCUGAUAUCGCUAUGUAGCCUUAUGAUGGCUUCUUACAAAUUGUAAAUAACCAGAGCACCUGUAGAUUACUGUAAAUUCAAUGUUGAACACUAAUUAAUGUAUACAGAUUUAUUAUAGUAUUGCUAACAUAUCUAUGAAUCUAUCGUUAAAAUUGAUUUAAGCGUCGAUCCGUGCCUAAAUUGAAUGAAAUCGCUUUGAUUAAUAUAACAGAAUGUGAAUGAAAAAAAUUUACACAGAGUGUAAAUAUUGUGAUAAGCUUUAAAUUAUUUUUGGAUGUUAGGGCCUAUACUGUUUGCGACCCCUAUUUACAAUGGUUUGUAGUAUGUAAUUAUUACGUCCAGGUGCAUUAUUUUUGUGAUUUUUUUUUAUUACUAUAUUGUUCAUAUUACGUAAAUUCUGAAUGGAUACAUUAAUUCAUGUAUUUUUUGCUAGUUAUACAUUUGUUGGCAUGUCGUUAUGGAAAGUAGCAGUAUCUUAUAGCAGACAUAUUUUGGUCAAGUUGUAUUAAAGUUAGGUAGUUACUUAAAAACCAUCAUUAUCACCUAUCUUUAUCUCUGUUGCUCGCAUACAAUUAUUGUAUUACUAUGCUCUCGCUCGCUCUUUUGACACAUAUUUACCAAAACAAAAAUAUACACGUCGAAUUGAGAUUUCGUCCUUUUUUGAAAGUCAGUUAAAAUUCGCAUUAUUCUAGAAGUUAUAACGUCCCUACAAAAUUGCGUCCCAAGUUAAGAUUACAUUAUUAAAAUCAUAAAUCACUACUGUUUUCGAACAAAUUCUCAAUUUAAUAUUCACAAUACCAAUAAACUAAAAUGUAAAUCAUACCUUGAGCUUUAUGUAAUUUUUGUAUUUAAUAAUGUAAACCGCCAUAUUAACAAUAGAAUAAUAAUUUUGUUACGUGUAAAUUACUGACUAAACAAUGUAAAAUAAUUAUUGUAAAAAGAAUGUUUCGUUUAUAACUAAUUAUUAUUGUUCUACUUUUAAUUUUCGACUGGUUAAUUUGUUUAACCUUUUAAUAGAGAAACCUAGUGGCCUUAAUUUUUUUAUUGUAUUAAAUAGGUAAAUGAUAUAAAGCGGAGUUAGGUCUGGGUGUUAAAUAUUAUGCAAUCUUCACACUAUCAAGCAUAUCAUCCAAUUUGCUUGAAGCUUUUAACUUUCAAGAUCAUACAAUUGUAUUUUAAAAAGUGAAGACAAAUUCGUAUUCGUGGGCGUGACACAUACGCGUAGCGACGCAGAGUACAUACAGUCCGACAAGGCUCUUUUGGUGUGUGGCCAAAAUCGGAACUAAAGCCGUCGUCUUGAGAAGUGCACUUGUUGAUAGUUUUUUGUUGGCAUAAAGCUACAACAGCGCCCUCCCUCAAGUGCCAAAAGAGCCUCGUCGGACUAGAUAUUGGUGCAGAGUUUACGCACCUUUUGACAUUCAUGAGUGUGCUUGAAAAACUGGCAAAUGGCAAAUUGAAAGAUAAACUUUGUGUGUGGGAUCCAUUAAGCAAAUUCACGGGUAUCUGCUAUGUUGUACGUAUUUAAAUUUUCCAGUGUGUGAUUAUUAUUACGGCAUUCGUUUAAGCUUUAUUGUUAGACAUAGUUAUGUCGCUUUAAGAAUUAGACUGAUUUAGCUUAAGCGUUUAAACGUAUUUUAUUAGUUUAAUUUAAACUGUAAGGCGAAUGUACGACAUUUCGAACGAAAAAAACUCUUUAAAGAACAUCAUUUAGCGAUCAUAUGUUCGUUUUGGGCUACAUUUGUAUGGCAAUAAGUUAGCGCCACUUUUUUUUAUAAAAUUUUUCACAUGGUUACCUACAAAAAAAAAGCAUUAAGAUUAAAAUAAAAAUUGCAUUGUAAUAUCAGGUUUUGAAAUUAAUACAAAUGAUAUUUUUUUUUCCAUUAGCGUCAAAGUAGUAGCCCAAUUUGAUAAUGCGAUGUUCUUUCAGUAAACUUAAGAAUCUAACCAAAAUAUUACUUUGUAUGUUUUUUUUAUUGCGAAUACAUGUUAGUGUGGAAUUUCUUGAUAUUAAAUGUUGCACAAAACUAAAGGUUGUUCUGUCACAAAGUGAUGUUUUGUUAAAAGCUUGGACAUCCCCUAAGUUAUCAAUAUUUUUUUUGGGUUUUGUUCUAAAUCAGUGAUUUUACUCGACCCAGUAUAGGUGCUAUAUGAACAGAAAAAGGCAUUUUGCACUUAAUUACAUUCAAUGACUUUACCUUAUAAUAAGUUUUAUUUGAAAGUUAAAAAACAUUUUUUAGUUCCGCCUACAUAGCUAUAAAAGUAGGGCACUUAAUGCUUUUUCUUAUAAUAAUACAACCAUGUUAAGUAAAAUCACCCACUUAGGACUUAACCUAAGUUUACAGAGUUAACGUUUGUAUGUAACAAUUUUAUUACUGUUAGGACUUACCUGUCUGUUAUAUCUCGAAUUUUGCUCACGUCAGUCAGUACAAAAAUAGAAGUCUGUGAUGAGAUCCUAAAGGCCGGCGCUCAUAUGGCAGAACGCAGCGCAGAGCAUGCCUGCAUAGUUUUCUAAUCGCGUGACACAUUAUGCGAAUUUCUACCAGAGAACACGCGAGACUGCGCGCGGAUGCGCGAGUAUCCGCACAGUUGAAUUUAGAUAUUAUUUCAAUGAGGACAAUGUCGAUAGUAAUUUUGACUGUAAAAAAUGCUCUGCGCUGCGCUCUGCCAUAUGUGCGCCGGCCCUUAGACGAUGACUUUAAAAGGGCUAUUCGUAUUCAUGUUUCCUACAAUAUAACUUUUAUUUAUUAAAUACCUACUCCAUUAUAUGAUGUAAUAUACACCCUCCGCCCCAAUUUGUUAAUUCAAGUUGAAAAUAUAGCUAUUUUAGAAAUCUGUGAUAGAAGCGUCCCUUGGUUGUAUGAGUUAAAAAAAUCUGUUACAUAAUACAACAAUCUCUUACUAUUUCCUUGUAAUUUAUAAACGGUCUUUAUUAAUAUUAGUUAUAUUACGAUGGGUCUAUGACACAUGUUAUAAAACAUGGAUUAUAACGUUUCAUUGUUGUAUAACAUUUAUGUAACAAAAGUAACAUUAAUCUGGACGCGCCUAAAAUGAAAAAUACUCUGUAUCACAGAUUGUAUUUAACUAUUUAUACAUCAAAAAGAAAUUGAAUACAAAAUAGUAUAUAUUGUGCCAAAUUGUAAAGUAUUAAAACUUCCACUGUACAGAGAAAUAAUAAUUAUUUUAUAUUGUACAUUACCUUUUCAAUUUUAUUUAUAUCCUCAGAAUGAGUACCUAAUGGUAAAAUUAUAAUUUUUCUUUAUGAUGACUGAUAUUAAUAUGAAUGAGGAGUGUCUCGAAUAUUUACAGGUUAUAUAACACAAGAAACCUCAAUUUUUGUUUAGUUUAUAAAAAUAUCUAAAUUUUUACACUGAGAAACGUCACAACAUGUAUGUAAUAAGGUGUAAAUAAAUUUUAAGUUUAUAUGUAUACACCUGUA